AUUCUUUAAUAUUCUUCUUACCAAUUCUGCUUCCUCUCCCUGUCAUCUCUCUUCUUUCGUGUUUAAUAUGUUUGCUCGACCCGAUUUUUCCCCGUUUGUGUGUUCUUGGCCGCCGCGAUCGGGUCGUCUGUAGGGAUUUCAACAUCGGUAGGGUUGGGCGUGUUGUUCGGCCAUCGAAUCGUUUGUUUUUGCUUGAGGAAUCUAGGGUUUGCGAGCUUCCGUUGAUCGGUGAUGGAGGGUGGUUCUGAAGGAGAGAGCAACAGGAACGUUCAUCAGAGCCCUUCUGAUGGCCAGCCAAAGAAACCCAAGCGCCAGAUGAAGACUCCUUUCCAACUGGAAACCCUAGAAAAAGUCUAUGCAAUGGAAACUUACCCAGCUGAAGCAAUUCGAGCAGAGCUAUCAGUGAAAUUAGGGUUGACUGAUCGGCAGUUGCAGAUGUGGUUUUGUCACAGGAGAUUAAAGGAUAAGAAAGAAGCUGCAGGGGUGGCUGCAAUGAAGCCACGCGUGGGACCUAAUGAUGGUGUGAGUGGUAAGAGGAGUUUCACAGAAUCAAUCAGAGAAGAAGUCGCAAUUACCGAGGUUGGUACUGAUCGUAGGUCUGGAUCUGGAUCUGGUUCCGGGUCUAGUCAGUUUGAUAAUGGAAGAGCCAUGCCAAGCGCGCCAAUGAGGUACUAUGAGUCACCUAGAGCAGCAAAAGAGCGUAAGAUUAUUGCUUGCAUUGAGUCACAGCUGGGAGAGCCUUUACGGAAAGAUGGACCUAUUCUUGGUGUGGAGUUUGAUGAACUUCCACCUGGCGCAUUUGGUGCUCCGAUCGGUCCAAUGGCACACCGGGAGCAUUACAGGCAUUCCUAUGAUACCAAUCUGUUCGGGCCAUACGAGACUAACCAAUAUAAUGCUUUACCAAGUUCUUUCCCCGAUCCUUCCGAGACAAAGAUAAGAUCUGACAAAUGCAACCAAAUUGCCCCAUCUUACCUCUAUGAUUCAUCUGUUAGAGCCCCUGCUUCAAAACCUUCCACAGUUACACAGGGCAAUGUGUAUUUUUCGAGGGAGUAUGGUGUUGAAAGUCAUGUUUCAACUGUUAGUAUAUUGCCUCAACAUGGCUGCCAAGGACAAUUUACAUCUCCGACUAGAGAAAGUGCUCUUAUUGCUGCUACUAAUGAAGGUCCCUUGCGAAUGGAUCUUGAACGCAAGAAUGAUGAAGCUAGAAUAGAAAGGGAAGCUCAAGCUCAUGAAAAAAGGAUAAAAAAAGAACUGGAAAAACAAGAUCUUUUGAGGAGAAAGAGGGAAGAACAAAUGAAGAAGGAAAUGGAAAGACUGGAGCGUGAAAGAAAGAAGGAAGAACAGAGGUUAUUACGGGAGCAACAGAAGAAGGAAGAGAGAUUUCAGCGUGAGGAAAAGCGUGAAAUGGAAAGACGGGAGAAAUUUUUGCAGAAAGAGAUUUUGAGGGCUGAGAGGAAAAGACAGAAAGAAGAGCUUCGCAGAGAGAGAGAAGCAGCUAAACAGAAGGCUUCAUUGGAGAAGGCAGCAGCACGGAAGUUUGCCAAGGAAUCCAUGGAGUUAAUUGAAGAUGAACGUUUGGAACUAAUGGAAUUGGCUGUUUCCAGCAAGGGCUUAUCAUCGAUUGCUUCUCUUGAUUAUGACACACUGCAGAACCUUGAGUCAUAUCGAGAAUUUCUGUGUGACUUUCCCCCAAAGUGUAUAGAAAUGAAAAGUCCAUUCUCUUGUCAUCCAUGGAUUGAUACACAGGAGAACAUUGGGAAUGUCCUCAUGGCUUGGAGAUUCUGUAUAAAUUUUGCAGAUGUUCUUGAGCUCUGGCCUUUUACACUCGAUGAAUUUGUACAAGCUUUUCAUGACUAUGAUUCAAGAUUGCUGAGCGAGAUAUGUAUUGCUCUGUUGAAAUUAAUCAUAAAAGAUAUUGAAGAUGUUGUGAGAACACCUUCUGGUGGGCCUGGUACGAACCAGUACAGUGCUGUCAACCCAGAAGGUGGACAUCCUUUAAUAGUUGAAGGGGCCUAUAUCUGGGGGUUUGACAUCUGCAACUGGAAAAAGCACUUAAACCCUUUGACAUGGCCCGAAGUACUGAGGCAAUUCGCACUUUCAGCAGGUUUCGGACCCCAGUUGAAGAAGAAGAAGAAUAAAGAACAGGCUGUCUUGAAUGAUUAUGAAGAGAUUAAAGGUUGUGAAGAUAUCGUAUCAACAUUACGAAGUGGUUCUGCUGCCGAAAGUGCAGUUGCAGUUAUGCAAGAAAAGGGAUUUAUUCAUCAGCGUAAGUCCAGGCAUCGAUUAACUCCAGGAACUGUAAAGUUUGCUGCAUAUCAUCUUCUUGCCCUUGAAGGGGAAAAGGGCUUAAAUGUUACAGAUCUUGCUGAGAAGAUUCAGAAAUCUGGGCUUCGAGACCUUUCAACAAGCAAGACACCAGAAGCAUCUAUUUCUGUUGCUUUGUCAAGGGAUCCUUUGCUUUUUGAAAGAGUAGCCCCUUCAACAUAUUGUGUGCGACCUUCCUUCAGAAAGGAUCCAGCAAAUGCCGAAGAGAUAAUAUCAGUAGCUAGGGAGAAGAUACAGAGAUAUGUGAACGGGGUUUUAGCUGGACAGAAUGCUGAUGAUGAGGAAAGAGACGAUGAUUCUGAGUGUGAUGUGGCAGAUGUUCAGGAGGUUGAUGAUUUAGGUACUCCAUCUGACAUGAUUAAAAAUUAUGACCUACAAAAUGAUCUUGGUGCUUGCAUGGCGAAUGGAAAAGACAACCUUUCUGCAGAAGUUGCUAAGAAAAACAGAUUUGAUACUCUUGAAGGUAUUGGGGGAGGUAAUCCUGCCCAAGAAGGUGCAGAGAUUGAUGAAAGCCAAUCAGGUGAACCAUGGGUUCAAGGACUCUCGGAAGGUGACUAUUCCAAUCUCUGCGUGGAGGAACGUCUGAAUGCUCUUAUUGCACUAAUCAGCAUUGCAAAUGAAGGGAACUCCAUUCGUGGAAUUCUUGAGGAUCGACUUGAUGCUGCGAAUGCUCUUAAGAAACAGAUGUGGGCAGAAGCACAAUUGGAUAGAAGGCGUAUCAAGGAAGAGAAUCUAAUUAAGUUUCAUGAUUCUUCAUUAACUGUUGCAGCAGAGGGAAGUCAGAGUCCAUUUUCCCUUUCUAUCAGCAAAGUUAAUGAGCCACCAUCACAUACUGCUUUGGUAAAUGACAGUUCAGUUGGAUUGAACAGUGCACAGAACCAGCUUGAGGGUUUUUCUGCCGAGAGGAGCUCAGUCCCACAUGAUAUUUCCACAAGUCCUUUUAUUCCCUUGGUUCAACCGAGUGGGUAUACUGCAGAAAGGUCAAGAAUGCAGCUGAAAUCAUUCAUUGGCCACAAAGCAGAAGAAAUGUACGUGUACAGGUCUUUGCCUCUUGGUCAAGACCGAAGACGUAACCGUUAUUGGCUGUUUGUUGCCUCUGGCUCUAGUCAUGAUCCUGGUUCUGGGCGGAUCUUUGUUGAAUCACCCAAUGGCUUUUGGAAAUUGAUUGACACUGAAGAGGCAUUUGACAUUCUUUUAACAUCUUUGGAUACAAGAGGGCUUAGGGAAUCUCAUUUACAUAUAAUGUUGCAAAAGAUUGAGAUUCCUUUUAGGGACCGUGUUCGGAAGAAUACAUUACAGAAUCGUUCAGUUGCUUACCCUUAUUAUGAUGCUGGUGGUGAUAGUCCUAACAGUAUGGUGUGUAGUACAAGUUCUGAUAGAGUAGAACCAUCUUUCAAAAUUGAACUGGGAAAAAGCGAGGUGGAGAAGAGGAAUGUGUUGAGGAGAUACCAAGACUUCCAGAUUUGGAUGUGGAAAGAACACUUUGGGCCUCCAAUCUUGUGUGCAUUGAAAGAUGGGCAGAAACGGCGAUUACCUUUGUUGGGAAUAUGUGAUCGUUGUUUUGUCACAUUUCUUUUUGAAGAAGACUUCUGCAGCUCUUGCCGCAGAGUGUUUGGGAAAGUUGAUUUUGUCGUAAAACUUAUGGAGCCAGACAUCAGCUGCGAGGACAUGAUAAAAUCUGACAUGGAGGAUUUGAUUAUCUCUAAUACUUGUCCCUUCGGAAUCAUAUUGAUCAAGGCCAUGUUGUCUGUGCUUGAGGCUUCUAUUCCAAGCGAAGCACUCCAAUCUUCUUGGACGGAAGACACCAGGAGGAUAUGGGGUUUAAAGCUGCACAACACAUCAUCCACUGAGGAACUUCUGCAGGUUCUUACUCAGUUUGAAGGCUUUGUAAAACGAGAUUAUUUGUCAUCGAGUUUUGAAACAACAAGGGAGUUAUUGGCACAGUGCUCUUCUUUACGAGCUCCCACUCUUCAAAAUGGCUUUCCUGAAUAUCUCCCAUGGAUACCAUUAACCACUGCUGCUGUGGCACUCCGACUAUUUGAAUUUGAUGCAUCUCUUUCAUAUGAUGGGGAGCCGAAAGCUAAGCCUUGCUAUGAUGCACAGAAAGUUGAAACUUUUACAAAGACUCCUAUGGAUUAUGCUUCCCUGAACAGCAUCCAGAAAUUAGAACCCACAGCAUUGGACCAAGGGGCACAUGCAAAAGAGGAAAAGUGGAAUUACUUGGGCAACACACCGGGUGGGUCCCGUGGGAGGCAAGCAGGCCGUGGCCGAGGAGGUGGGCGCCCACGUGGAAGAAUACCCAAAGCAAAUGUGGGACCCGUCUCCGAAUUCGCCACGCGUGGGAGAUUACCUAAAGGAAGUGCUGCUGGAUCAAUAUCACGCGGCCGCCGGACUAUAAGGAGAAGGAGGGAGAGGGCUUUUGUCAUUGAAGAAGAAGAAGAUUUAGGCAAUGACUAUGAACGAGUUGCAGGGUCAACAUCUGAAAUGGUGUAUGGCAGGGAAGACAAAGGAAGAGUUCAGGCCGAGGACGACGACGACGAUGAUGUCAGCAGCAGCGGGGAGGAGGAAAUGGAAUCCGGCGACAGUGGGGAGGAAAACGAAAACCCAUACGAUUUCGUCAAGUGGGGCUCACCAAGCAACGAGGCAAUGGAAAUGUCAGACGAGGAGGCAAACACUAGUGGUAGUAGGAGCUGCAGUAGUGAUGACGGCGGAGAUGGUGGCCAAUAUCUGAUAGAUGGUCAGAACUUUGGCGGCGAAUACAUUGAAGAUGGUCAAAAUCUCGACGGUGUCGGCGGCGAUGUGUACAUGGAUGACGGCGAUGACUCGGACCGAAAUGAUGACGGGCAAGGUGGUUCGGGGUCGGGUUCCGAUGAAUAUGAAGACUAUAGUGACUGAUGAGUCAGUUCAAUGGACCCACACAAAUGUGUAGCUCUCUUCUGCACCUGGGUAACCAACAACAACACCCUUUGUUAGUCAAUUAGGUCAGUUUUCUUCUUCUUCUUCUUCCCUUCUUUCUGUAAUUUGUUUUGGUUUAGGAGUGCAAAAAAAAGGGCAUGGAAGGGUGGGGGUGGCACACACACACACACAUAGUAUUACUUACAUAUAGUUGUGUUUUUCAUGUUUGUGUGGAGUUUUCUGUAUGAGAGGAUGCAGAGAUCUUUGUGUAUAAAAGCUGUAAGGUUGGUGUAGAGUAAUUGUAGAAGUGAAUAGUGUGUUUCAGUUGGAAGCAUAUACUGAUCAGAGAAUAUCACAAUGUUUUAUUUUUUAUUUUUGGCAAUAGAAUAUGAGAAGAGUU